CUAUCGAUGUGCUACCAAAGACUGUCCGGUAAUCCGAAUCACAAUAAUGUGGAUCAGAAGCCAACUCAUUUACCACCGGGACACUAUUCACACGGUCACCGGUGGAAUGAUCCCUAUUUUGAUGUGACGAUGCCAAAGAACAUCACAUCACUCGUAGGAAAAUCUGCCUACUUGGGAUGCAGAGUUAAACAUUUAGGCAACAAAACGGUUGCCUGGAUUCGUCACCGAGAUUUACAUAUAUUGACGGUUGGCACAUAUACCUACACCACCGAUCAGAGAUUUCAAACAUCGUAUCACCGUGACAUUGAUGAAUGGACAUUACAAAUUAAAUGGGCCCAACAACGUGAUGCCGGUGUUUAUGAAUGUCAAAUAUCAACGCAGCCAGUGCGAAGUUUUUCCGUUCACCUAAAUAUAGUUGACACUUUAGAUUCGGAACAAAAUGACAUGAUGCAACAAUUCUACAACGACGAUUCAUUCUUUAUUACAAACGAUCGUGUCUAUCAGUCGGGUGAUGAUGAAUUUGCUGGAAUGUUUGGACCACUACAAACUGUUGCCGUGCCAACAGCGACCAUAUUGGGCGGACCCGAUUUGUAUGUUGAUAAAGGAAGCACAAUUAAUCUAACAUGCGUAAUAAAAUUUAGUACCGAGCCACCAACUCACAUUUUCUGGUACCAUCAAGAUAAGGUAUUGAGCGAAGAGAACUCAGGUGGCCGUCUUAAAUUUAAGACCAUCAAAUCCGAAGAAACCAAAUCAAUUUUACUUAUUGAUGAUGCCAAUAUAUCUGACUCGGGCAAAUAUUCCUGUUAUCCAUCAAACACAGAAAUUGCCAGUAUACGCGUACAUGUGCUCCAAGGAGAAAGGCCCGAGGCAAUGCAAACAAAUGCAGCAGCAUCUACAAAAUUGCGAGCCUCAAACCAUUUUGCUGCAAUUCUAACCACAUUUCUGGCUACAUUUGCAUUAUACCGCACUCUUGCAAUGAUAAUUCAAAUUUUUAUUGCCAACUGUCACAGUGCAAGGAGCCGUGGCAGCACAAAUUGUAGUAACAUCCCCACCACACUCCAAUCCCCAAGCAGUUGCAACAGCAGUAGCAGCAACGGUGGUAACAACUUCUACGCCAGCCAUGAUAAUUGUGCUGCCGUCCAUGACGACAGCUCUCGUGAAGGAUCCGGUGAUGAAACCACCACAUCCAGCAAUGACAUUAUAAAUGAAUUUGAAAUAUGGAAUGCAGUUGAUUGCCAUGACAAGCGACAGAGCGAUGCACGACGGGCUAGCGUUGCUAAUAGCCGAUUACCACAAAAGAGGGAAAUGCCGUCUGCCACAUUCACUUAUAUCCCUCCCAGAAGCUGGAAUCGGAGACAUGUUUUACGGUGA